AGGGCACCUCGUAAAGGAGAGAUUGCAGAAGAGUUCACACGUUUAGACAAUAUGGCAGCUGUUAGAAUUAGUACGUGGGGCUCUUCGACAAAGAAUCGUUUCUAUACCUGGACACUUCUUUGUUUACUUAUAUUCGUUAAUACAGAAUCGGCGACGGCAGCGCCAGAGGCAGGUUUUUGGAAAAACAUCUCUUUAAACACUUCAAGGCCACUACUGUUAAGGAAGUCCAUGUUCAAAGACACCGAUAUUGAGUUGAAAGUUGUGUCAUUUGGCUGUCAUGAUGAGGUAACCUUCAUCAUUCAUUGGUAUUUGAAAUACUAUCCCUGUCACAAUGACUUCAAUAAUAUUGAUGAAAUGUAUGAGCGAACCCCGCUUAGUCGUGGGCAGAGCCUCGAUCCAAAUCCCCUUGUGCAAGGAGAGUACAUCGAGCACAAACACAAGCCGAUAGCAUGCAACAGUGAGCUGCGCUCCUUUCCAGUGCUUAAAAAAACUAAGGCGGGACCACUUCCUGUCAGUACUCCUGUCGAGGGACAAAAAUUGGAUGAGAGUGAAAUCAGAUGGAUGACUGAGGAGUAUGACACCAACACAACAAAGGACAAAAGUGCAAAGGUUAAAGACAAUGUCAUCGCCUCCACUUGGAAAGAUGGGCCUUACCUACUGGUGGUGAAGAUUGUGCCCAGUAAACAAGAUGUUAACUGGAAUUUAAGUGUGAAUGUGGUGAUGAAAGGCAGCCAUGGCUACAUAUCUGUCACAGAAUACCCUCUGAUGAUUUUCUACAUGGUUAUGUGUGUGGUCUACAUCCUGUUUGCCCUGCUAUGGUUUAUGUGGGCCGCUUGCUACUGGAAAGAUCUACUGAGGAUUCAGUUCUGGAUCGCUGGGGUCAUAUUCCUGGGAAUGGUGGAGAAGGCGGUCUUCUGCGCUGAAUAUGAAAACACCAACAGUGUUGGUUCUGCUUCUCCAGGCCUGCUGAUCUUUGCUGAGCUGGUCUCCGCUUUCAAGAGAACUUUAGCCCGAUUGCUUGUCAUCAUAGUCAGCCUUGGCUAUGGGAUUGUAAAGCCUCGACUGGGGACAGUAAUGCACCGAGUGGUUGGUCUUGGAAUCCUUUACUUUAUCUUUGCUGCCAUUGAAGGCGUGCUGAGGAUAACUGGGGGUCGGGACAAUGGCCCAGCUCUCAUUACAGCAAUUGUUCUGGCUGUGUUUGACUCCAUCAUCAUCUGCUACAUAUUUGUCAGCCUGGCUCAAACCAUCAAGACUCUGAAACUGAGACGAAACCCAGUUAAGUUGUCCCUCUACAGGCACUUCACAAACACACUCAUAUUUGCUGUCAUUGCUUCCAUUAUUUUCAUGGGAUGGACUGCAAAGAAAUUCCGUCUAUCAGAUUGCCAGUCGGAUUGGAUUGAGCUAUGGGUGGAAGAUGCUUUUUGGAGGUUUUUGUUUUCCCUUAUUCUGCUUGUCAUAAUGUUCCUAUGGAGACCAUCUGCAAACAACCAAAGGUACGCCUUCACGCCUCUCAUGGACGACUCAGAUGAUGAGGAAAUUGAGGAAUUUAUCGCUUCUGCACACAUUGGGGAUGGUAUUAAACAGAGAGCUGCCAAAAGUGACACAAAUGGUGCUGUGAAAUCUCCAGAAACAAACGCAGAAGAAGACUUGAAGUGGGUUGAGGAUAACGUACCCACUUCUCUCGCUGAUGUAGCUCUUCCAGUCCUGCUUGACUCUGAUGAGGAAAUCAUGACGACCAAGUAUGAGAUGUCCAAGUUGGAGUGAGGGCAAACCUUUAGAGCUCUCAGCAAAGGUUGUGGAGAACAACAACAAAAAAAAGCGGCUGCUCAUGAUCCUGCUGUCGAAUUCCGAUGUGCAGAAUGACGUCUUAUUGGCGAUGGCGGGCUAUGGUGGAGCUCUUCUGCUUUAGGGCACCUUUUGCCCAUUUCCUUCAGCUUCCACCUUCAAAACUGAAGAAAAAUCACUUUGAGCCUUUCUUUCCAAAGAGAUAAAUUCAUUUAUAUAUUAUUAGAGCUGUAUGCUGUAUUUAUUUGCAUUAUAUUGAUAAUGUUUUUUUUUUUUUUUUUUUUUUACAAGUAAUAACAGAGAGCCUUUUGCAUGAACAUACUCUACACUGACUUUGGGGUUUUCAAAUAAGAUGCCUGUUUAUUUAACAAAUGUAAAAGCUUUUACAUUUUACAAACCAGGGUAAACACCAGAAAUGAUUCAUGUAAUUACGGCAUUGAUUUACAAGACUGAAAGUGGGAUUUAGUAAAUAUUAUACAAGUGUGAAGAUGU